AUGCUACUCAACCAGCAAACAUUGGAAGAAAACUACAUCCCAGCAGAAAUCUACCAAGAAUUCUAUGGCAUCCGUGGCAACACAAUCCGAAUCCAAUGGGUCCCAAGUCACAACGGAAUAAACGGAAACGAAAUAGCCGACGCAGAGGCCGUAGCCAAAUCAAGAGAACCCCAAACCUAUUUCAACGGAAUAACGAUGAACGAUGCCCUGAUAGUAAGCAAAGAUGAAGUAUGGGAAGAAUGGACUAGGAAGUACAAGACACUUUCGGAAGAGAAAGGAAGCUGGCACUAUCAACUUCUCGAACAACCCACCAAAACCAUAUGGAACAAAAACCUUGCACUCAACCCAGAACAACUAAAAACCCUAAACAGAAUUAGAACCGGCCACUGCCUAACUAAAGACAAAAGAUUUAAGUGGGGGUGGGAGAUUGAUGAUCAGUGUGAAUGGUGCGACACCACGGAAGACCUACAACACAUUCUGUACGUGUGCCCAAAGUACAACCAUAGCAGAGUAGACUACCCAGCGUUGGAAUACAUGAAGCCCUCCAAGAUAUUUUACGGAAAAAAAAAUGAAGAAGAUCUGAAACAGAUUGUACAGUUUCUAAAUUCCAACAAGAUACACAUCUGA